UGUGUUCUCUGUGUUGUAUAUAAUAGGAGAGACUCUGGGUAUCCCAGACACAGUGAUGGGCCUGACUCUGUUAGCUGCAGGGACCAGUAUACCAGACACAGUGGCUAGUGUCAUGGUCGCCAGAGAAGGUAAAGCCGACAUGGCCAUGUCCAACAUCGUGGGUUCUAAUGUGUUUGACAUGCUGUGUCUGGGUCUUCCCUGGUUCAUUAAGACAGUGUUUGUGGACACGGUCAACCCUGUGGAGGUCAACAGCACCGGUCUGGUUUUCAUCUCCGCCACCCUCCUCCUCUCCAUCGUCUUUCUCUUUGUGGCAGUCCAUAUAAACGGCUGGAAGCUGGACUGGAAGCUGGGGAUCGUCUCUCUGUUCUGCUAUGUUGUUUUUGCCACUCUGGCCAUCCUCUACGAACUGGGCAUCAUAGGGAACAACCCUGUCAGACUGUGCGGCGACUGAUACACUGAUAAACACGCAGAGACCUACAAUAACACACACAGUAGCACACACACAGCGCUGCUGCAGGCUGCACUCAUCAGACUGUGUAGUGGCUGAGUGGCAGCGAUGGAGUCCACACUGCAGCCCUCCCCAGAACCAGACCACCCAGAACCAACCUCUUGACACUCAGACCAUUUAUACAGAACCCAAAUACAAGGUCCAGAUUCACAGAGUCUCAGAGUAAGAGUACUGAUAUAGGAUCAGGUCCACCGUGUCCAUGUCCUCUUAUUCAUUAUGAUCUAAAUCAGUGGUAUUCGAAGUCGGGUCGCGACCCCACUAGCAGUUGGUUUUGUGGAAAGAUUAGGAGUGUUGGAACACCAAAUUCAAAUACAUUAAAAUAUAUAUAUAGAUUUACAAAAAUAACAGUAUAAAUUAUUG